AGUUUUACAUUAUGUGUUCUGCAAUGGUUUUAGGCAAAAAAGGAAAGAAGAAAGGAACUGUAAUAUCUUUGCAGUCUUUUUUGGCAAAUGGAGAUGUACCCCUUGGAACCACUCAAGUAACAAAGAAAGUGAGAAAUCUGGAUGGUGAAGAAAGCGAUGAUGGGAUGACUACAAUGCCGUUAGUUCUCCAACUUCCAACAGCACCCAGAGCUAAUCGUAUCUUUGAUGAUGACUCUGUUCCACAAAAUCCGCCAUAUAUUGCAUAUUUGACCAACCUUCCUUUUGAUGCCAAGGAAGAGGAUAUACAUGAAUUCUUUGGAUCAACACCAAUAUUAUCACUGCGUUUACCACGCGAAGAAGGGGAAAAUGGUCGUGUUCGCGGUUUUGGCUAUGUUGAGUUUGAAAAUCGCGAUGAUUUGAUCAAUACUUUAAGUUUACCUGACCCAUCAGUUAAAGGCAGGAGAAUUCGAAUUGAAUUAUCGAAUGAAAAUGAGCAAGGUUUUAGGCAAAGAGGCAAUCGACGUGGAUUUGAUGGGUUUAACAAUAGCGGAGAAAAUAGAGACUCAACGAAUUGGCGUCGUGACAAUAACAAUCAUUCAAGUGACAAUUAUGAGCGAAACUUUAGUCGUGAAAAAAAAUAUGAGUCAGAUGAUAGGAAAACUAUUGGAUCGUGGAGAUCUGGAACACGAACACUAUCUAAUCAAAAUCUAGGUUUAAAAUUAAGAAGUGAUGAUGCUGAAAGAACCAAAUCGGGAAUUUCAAACCAGGAAACCCAAGAGCUAGAAAGACCCAAACUGAAUUUGAAGCCUAGAACACUACCUCUACCAGUUGUCAAUCAAGAAUUAGAAACCGACAAGGAAUCAAAAGUUGAAAGUAAAGCUAUUUUCAAAGCUACCGGUAUUCCUUCUGAAAAAGUCUUUGGUUCCGCAAGACCUGUGGAUACGGCAACUCGCGAAUUGGAGAUUGAAGAGCGAAUGUCAGAAGCCCGUCGCCAGCAUAAGGCUCAACAUGAACUUGAUGAAAGCAUUAUAAAUGAGGAGAUUGGAAAUAUUCAAUUAGAGAAAAUCAACAAAGAUAAUAUGAACUACACUACAAGCUGGCGUAGAAAAAACGACCCGCUGCAGAACCAUAGUUUGGAAAGAAAUUCAGAGAGUCUAGAAACGCAGAGAAAUGAAAACCGUCGUUUCGAUAAAGAGGAAGGUCGCCAAGCGAGAAAUCGUGAUUAUAGUGGACAUUCACGUAUUUCUAAAGAAAGUGUAAGGAGAAAUGUUCACCUUUAUUCUGAUCGUGGUUAGCGGUUACUUAAAUUAUGUCGUGAAGACAAACAUUAACCAUAAGUUUUUACACAUUUUCUGUAUAUCUAAUAGAAAUACAUUUUAUUUUAAAAAGA